UGUGUAUACCAGAAGGGUCACAGAACUGAUUAGGGGCAAAAGAAAAUAUUGAAAAGGGUAGCUGGAGAGUCAUAAAGAGAGGAAGCUGUGGAGAGGGAGGGAAGAGACUUGAUGUGUGAGCUCUGCAGACAGAAAUACUCCAACACACAUUCACUGAAUGAUCUGCCUUCAGUUCAAGGCAAGCUGCCUUCCUCCUGCUCAGUAACUACUGUCUUACAGAUAUGCCACCUGGAUUCUUCAUUUAUCUCUCCUGGAUUAUUGAAAUGCACUUUGCAUUAGCAGAAUGUGUGCAUUCCGAAGUCUCCUGUCCUCUUGGAUACUUCCCCUGUGGCAAUAUCACAAAGUGUCUUCCUCAGUUCAUGCACUGUAAUGGAGUUGAUGAGUGUGGAAACCAAGCAGAUGAAGAUAACUGUGGAGACAACAAUGGGUGGUCUCAGCAACUUGAUAAACAUUUUGAGAAACACUAUGAGAUGUUCGGCAUGAACAGCUUCGACUCAGAGAUGAAAGAGGCAGAUUGCAUGCUUGGUGGGGUGCCAGCUCAAUGUUUGUGCCGAGGAUUAGAACUUGACUGUGAUGGAGCCAAAUUACGCACUGUCCCUUCUGUCUCCUCCAAUGUGACCAUGAUGUCAUUGCAGCAUAAUUUGUUGAAAAAGCUUGGUCCUGAUGCUUUCUCUCAGUUCCCAGAGUUGCGUAACUUAUAUCUGCAACAUAAUAAAAUUAGAACUGUAUCUGUGAAUGCGUUCAGAGGACUCCACAACCUAACAAAGCUCUAUUUGAGCAAUAAUGCAAUAAGCACCCUUAAACCUGGAGUGUUUCGAGAUCUCCACAGGCUGGAAUGGUUAGUCAUUGAGAACAACAAAAUAAACCGGAUCUCCCCUCAAGUGUUUCAAGGACUGAAUUCACUUAUACUUCUAGUAAUGAUGAACAAUUUCCUGGGCCGACUGCCUGACAAACCGCUUUGUCAAUAUAUGCCUAAACUAAACUGGCUGGAUUUUGAAGGAAACAAUAUUCCAGGCUUAAGAAACACGACUUUCAACUCCUGUAUUACUUUAACUGUUUUAGUUCUACGGAAGAACAGAAUCGGCACAAUAAGUGACAACACCUUUUCCUAUCUCUCCAGGCUGGAUGAGCUGGAUUUGGCUCAUAACAGAAUUGAAGCAUUUGAUCCAUCUUUACUGAAGGACUUGAAAGACUUGUCACAAUUGAAUAUUUCCUAUAACCCCUUGCAGAAGAUACAGGCAGACCAGUUUGAUUAUGUUCUUGCAUUGAAGUCCCUGAGUCUUGAGGGAAUCGAGAUCCCAAAUAUUCAAAGAAGAAUGUUCAUGCCCCUCAAAAAUCUUACUCACAUAUACUUUAAGAAGUUUCAGUACUGUGGAUUUGCACCCCAUGUGCGCAACUGCAAGCCAAAUACAGAUGGUAUUUCAUCCCUGGAAAAUCUGCUUGCAAGUAUCGUCCAGCGAGUGUUUGUGUGGGUGGUUUCACUGGCAACCUGCUUUGGGAACAUCUUUGUGAUCUGUACACGACCAUAUAUUAGGUCUGAAAACAAGCUACAUGCAAUGUGCAUCAUUUCCCUUUGUUGUGCAGAUUGCCUAAUGGGAAUAUAUUUAUUUGUCAUUGGAUAUUUUGACCUGAAAUACAGAGGUGAAUACAACAAGAAUGCUCAGGCGUGGAUGGACAGUACUCAAUGCCGAUUGGUUGGAUCAUUAGCCAUUUUGUCUACAGAGGUGUCAGUCUUACUUCUUACCUAUUUGACUUUGGAGAAAUACAUCUGUAUAGUGUAUCCGUUCAGAUGUCUAAGGCCUGGAAAAUGUCGUACUAUCAUAACUCUGAUACUCAUUUGGAUUGUUGGAUUCAUUAUUGCAUUCAUACCUCUCAGCAAUGAACAUAUUUUCAACAAUUACUAUGGCACAAAUGGGGUCUGUUUCCCACUGCAUUCAGAGCAACCAGAGAGUACUGCAGCACAGAUAUAUUCUGUCGUUAUAUUUCUUGGUGUGAAUUUGGCAGCUUUCAUCAUCAUUGUGUUUUCAUACAGUAGUAUGUUUUAUAGUAUCCAUCAAACUGCAAUAAUGGCAACUGAAAUCCACACCCACAUCAAGAAAGAAAUGACAUUGGCCAAGCGCUUCUUUUUUAUCGUUUUCACAGAUGCCCUCUGCUGGAUACCUAUUUUCAUACUUAAACUUUUAUCUCUGCUUCAGGUUGAAAUACCAGGUUCCAUUAGUUCUUGGGUGGUGAUCUUCAUACUGCCAAUUAACAGCGCUCUCAACCCGCUUCUGUAUACUAUCACAACCAGGCCAUUUAAAGAAAUGAUCUGUCAGAUCUGGAACAACUACAAACAACAACAUUCUGUUGGCAGCAAAAGCAGACAAAAGGUUUACACUCCGUCAUUUUUCUGGGUGGAAAUGUUGCCACUGCAAGACAUUUCCCCGGAGGUAAUGAGACCAGAAUUAUACACGGACUCUGAGGUGUCAGUCGCUACACAUGCUUCAAGACUGAGUUACGCAUAAAAGCAAAAACUUGAUUAUUCGUACAUCCAAAGGCAAAGAGGACCAAUUGUUCAGGUCAGGGGUGGUAGCUGUUUAGACCAAUAAUCUGAUAAAGAUCCCUAUCCAUUGGAUGAGGCAGGCAGCUAUCUGAACUAUACUGAGAGAAAACAUAUUGCUGAGAGAAAUAUCAAGACAUUUUAUGUAUGAAAAAGGUUACCAUUGCUGCAUGGUUAAAGCCCUGUCAAGUUGAAUCACAAGAAUGAAUGCACAGCAUCAAGCCUUCCAAUAUAACCUAAAUCACUGUUUUUAUCACCAUACCUGUAUACAAGGGCUUACAUGUUCCAUGACAGCAUGAUGAUUCUCCGUAUCAUGUCUCUGAAUACCAUGUGCAGAUUAUCUAGGUCAUGCACAUUUAUCGAAUGAAAUCUUGCAAAAACGAAGAAAUUAUAGCAUGGUACAUACGUUUUCCAGUUACACAGACUUGAAACAAAGUGACAUUUGGCAGGGACCACUUUAUUCAUAUACAACUUUUUACACUGUAGUCAAUCCAGGUAAAUGUGUUUUUCAAGGGGGUUUCCAGUAAGAUAUCAGGAAUACUCUAUUUACCCAGAUAAACAAACUGCCAUCAGGAUUGCAAGCCAUAAUUUUUUUAAGACUGAUAUUGCAGCACCAGACUGCUGACGUAACUAAGCUAUUUUAAUGAUCUGCAUACAUUUUGUAGGGAUUUCACAAACUUUUUUUUUUUUUGCAAAGCCCUAGCUGUUUCUGCAAUGAAGAAAACAUGGUUUGUUGUCUGUAGAGUGAAUCUGAAUGGGAGUGACUUUUUAAUCAUCUGGUGGACUUGCAGUGUUCUAAUGAGGAAAAUGCUGAGUCCCUUUAGCAGUGAUAAAUCCUUAGAUUUUUUUUUUUUGUUGCAGGCUUUGCCUAAAAUCUGACUUGUAUGUUUGUGCAGACUUCUUAAAAAAUCAGUGAGCCAAUCACACAAACAGGAAAUUACAUUUCUGGGGGUGUUCCGUACACCAACUGUGUACAGAAGACUUCCAGGUUGCCAAAUGUUAUAGGAAAAAUGACAACCCUGCAGUUUAAAAAGGAAAGGUCAUUUUAAUAACAUUCACAAUACAGUUUGUGUAGCAAUUGUAUACGCGAUAUUAUUGUUUUUUUUAUUUGCUCUUCCUUCCCCUUUUUGGGUGUCUAAAAUAUUUGUUAACUUUGUAUAUUAUUAAAGUUUUUACAUAGCACCAUCAAUUUACACAGCCCUUUACAUGCUUUAUAUAUUGAACAUUCAUAUCCGUCCCUGACCUCUAGGACAGUGGUCAUCAACCCUGUCCUCAGGGC